AAGGUUUGAGGUGCGCAAAUUACUUUAAGAAUUGUACGUGAAAAUAAAGAAUAUAUACAUAUUAUGUCGAUUAAACGUGCUUUACAUGGUGAUAACAAAAGAACGAAGGGGGCGCAAACAGUGUCGCUGUUCCUCUGCCUGGCCAUUCUGCUCACGACGAUCCAACACGGAAAUGCCGAGCGAAAAGUCGUGUGUUACUACACAAACUGGUCCAUCUAUCGGCCGGGAACUGCGAAGUUCUCGCCGCAGAAUAUUAACCCGUACUUGUGUACUCACUUGAUCUAUGCUUUCGGCGGCUUCACCAAGGACAACGCUUUGAAGCCCUUCGACAAAUAUCAGGACAUCGAAAAAGGUGGAUACGCCAAGUUUACCGGCUUGAAAACAUAUAACAAGAACCUGAAGACCUUACUAGCUGUCGGUGGCUGGAACGAAGGUUCCAGCAGGUUUUCUCCAAUGGUGGCCGACCGCGAGAGGAGACGAGAAUUCGUGAAGAAUUCGAUCAAGUUCCUUCGAAAAAAUCACUUCGACGGCCUCGAUCUUGACUGGGAGUACCCUGCCUUCAGAGACGGUGGAAAGCCUCGAGACAAGGACAAUUACGCCAAUUUGGUGCAGGAGCUCAGAGAGGAGUUCGACAGGGAGUCCUCAAAGACCGGAAGACCAAGACUGCUGUUGUCGUUGGCGAUGCCAGCCGGUAUCGAGUACAUCGACAAAGGCUAUGACGUACCCAGGUUGAACGAGUAUUUGGACUUUAUUAAUCUUCUCUCGUACGAUUAUCACUCGUCCUACGAGCCGGCAGUGAAUCAUCACGCCCCUUUGUAUCCCUUGGAAGAGGACAACGAGUACAACUAUGACAGCGAAUUGACGAUUGAUUAUACGAUCGAGUACCUACUGAAGAAGGGUGCCUCACCAGAAAAGAUCAUUUUAGGCAUCCCAACGUACGGACGAUCUUACACGCUCUUCAACGAGGACGCAACCGAUUUAGGAUCACCGGCAGAUGGCCCUGGAGUCGAGGGUGACGCUACUCGAGAGAAGGGCUAUCUAGCUUAUUACGAGAUUUGCGAGAGCCUCGCAGCCUCGGACGACUGGGAAGUGGUACAGCCGAAUUCUAAUGCGAUGGGCCCCUACGCGUUCAAAGGAGACCAGUGGGUGGGCUACGAUGACGAAAACAUAGUACGACUGAAAGCCAAAUACGCGAACGAGAAGCACUUGGGUGGAAUUAUGUUCUGGACGAUCGACAAUGACGACUUCCGCGGCAAAUGCCACGACCGGCCAUACCCGUUAAUAGAAGCGGCCAAAGAGGUUCUUUUAACCGACAGACUGGUGUUCAACAAGGCAGCUGAUUCUUGCGAUUACCCACGCAACGUGAUCUGCCCCAAGUCGAAGACGUCUCAGUCAACCGCGUCGACGACGAGGGCUCCCAUCGUUGCUGCCACAAGCCGUACAACUUACCUUUACAGCAGCACUCGUAAACCGACCACUGAGAAACCAGACAGCGAAGAGGAGUACGAGGAGUAUGACGAUGACGUCGACGGAAUCGAGGAGGAGGAGGAAGAAGAAGAAGUGAAGGAAGAAGUUAAAGUACCCACCACCUCGAAACCACUUCUGUACAAAACGAUUACAAGAAACAAGCCCACCACGACAACCACCACCACGACAGAGGCACCAUCUUCGCUUUCCAAAUCUGAAAGACACGACUUGGAGAAGGUCAUUGGCAGUGAGGGUGAGGAGGAAGACCCCAAGGUCAUCAAGGAGCUAAUAAUGCUUAUUAAGAAAGCAGGUGGUAUAGAGGAACUGGAGAAGCAACUAUUUCUUCAGAACAAGAGUCCCGAUGAGACUAACUCGGAAAACGAGCCUGCCACUCCAGCCACGAUAAGUCGCACUCUGUACGAACGUGUGCUCAGUCGUCAAGCUGGCAAAAGUGCCAGCAGACAACGCACAUCAGGGAGUAAGAGCUACGCGAACGGGCCAGGUGGAACGCAAUUCGAAGGCCUGGACGAGGUUCCCGAAGUGAAAACACUGAGGCGAUCGUACAAGCAUCAAUACGUUACCAUCGAGAGGCCCAAAUCCUCCACGAAUGAACCACCAGUGGAAGAGGAGGAGCUCAACGAUGAAGAAGACCUCGACGACGAUACUGCAGAUGUGGCUUCCUCUGAGGAACAGUCUAUCAGAAACCCCUUCCUAACCAGCUCCACGCAAAGAGCGACUCCUAAUUACAUUAACAUCAGACGUGGCCGACCAUCGACUACGGCGAAGUCAAGAUACGAGAACGACGUGGAUGAGAAGGACGAGGACAUAGAAGAAGAGGUAACAGCUGUCCGUUCUCGACGUCCUAGUAUAUCAUCAAAGAAUACCAAGAGCACCUCCUCAGAGGACACCAAGGACCAGGAGUCUGUUCCGCCGUUGAACGAUGAGAACUCAUCCACAACUAAAUCUAGGUACAUUAGCAUCCAGAGAUUCAGAAGCACCACCCCGAGGUCUCCAGAUGUGGUUUCAGAAGUGAUCUCCACCAGCCAAGAACCAAUCACAGAGACAUCUGUUUCAAGCGAAACGCUUAAAGCGGAGGAGAAGACAGAAGCAGUCGUGACAACGAUACUGUCGACGACGUCAACAACGACCACUCCUUCUUCUAUCAUCCUUUCCACGACAAUAAACGACAUAGAUCGCGAUCUUGACAAAGAAGAACCGAUCUCGUACGCAAGCUCGACAACUGAGUCGGUGAAACUGGUCGACGAUUCCGCGACGGAAAUCCUGCUGACCACUGCACCAGCGAGCCUGUCGAAGGUAUCUUCGCCCAGCACGAGGAUCAGCACCGCGACCGUGUCUCAACCGCGUCCUUUCGGCUUCAAUCGACGCACCAGGCCAGCAGACGCUGUAACCACGCCGCUGCCAGCGUCCAACGAUCAAACGAGAUCCAAGGUGAGUAUAGCGUCGCGAAACCAAACGCGCUCGUCCAUUUUGGUAGGACGGGGUCGGUUAACUUCGCGACAGGAUGCCGACCGAGUCGAAAGUCGUCGCGACGCCACCGAGGGAUCCACACGUACGCCUGGAAGAUCGAGGCAACGGGGCUCUAGUAGGUACACGCCAUCUACCGUGAAAACGAAAACGGAAGAGUCAGCCAACUCGGUGAUCAGAUCACGAGCCAGAACCACGGAGGCUCCUAGCACUUUGGACAGCACGUCGGAGCCGUCCAGACGGAGAUUCCGACGCCCAAGCGCCAGAGCCACCGUCGAGCAUUCUAAAACGAACGAGCUCGACGACAGUCCUAUCGUCAGAAUCACCCAGGGCUAUCCAAAACGAAACUCGCCCUCGAGAUCCAGGAGCGCAGUCACGGAGGAAGAGGAGACUGAUAAAAUCACUAACAUAAGGGUGUUCAAGAAACCGACAGCGGUGAAUCGGGACGUUUACGCCAGGACUAGGUACACGAGGAAGAGGAACAACGUGGAGGAACUCACCAAGCAGACGGAACGAGUCUCGUCCACUUCUCCGUAUUCUUCUACGACUGCCUCGACGACAACCUCCGCGGAGCCUCGAGAGAUCGAGAAUCCUUUGAACGACCCCGUUACCGAGGAACCUUACCUGAACUCUGUCGACGAGGCUGACAGUGCUUCAACCAGUUCAGCAACUACGACGGAAGUUCCUGCGACUACGAUUCAGUCGGACGUAGAGACGAACGUCGUGGAGUCGGCUCGCACUACGGAAUUUAAUACAGAGAACGAAGUGGUCACCGUGAUACCAGAGAAUUUGUUAUCCGCUAACGAAAAGCAGACCGAGCCGUUCUCUACGACCAGCAAGGUGGAAGACUUCGAUCCCAACAUCAUCAGGAUCGUAUUUCCCGCGAACGCGACUGAUCUAACGGCUCAAGGGAACCGGAACGUUACGGUUCCAAAGAGAAAGAAGGUUCUUCUGAGGAAACGACCCGUUACAUUCAGCACUGUAGCGUCGCAAGAGGAAGAGGAAGAGAACAGAUCGGUUCCUCGAAAAAGAAAAGUGAUCAGGCGUCUACGACCUGUUAGAAACGACACUACGGUGUCCACCGUAGAGCUCUCUUCUACCGAAGAGGAUCAAGUGGUGAUCAGGUUUGGGUCUACAACCUCUAACGCGGACACAACGAGCUUUGUCACCGCUGCUGCACUGGAUGUCGAAGAGGAUACAGUGAAGUCCGACGUCCCGAUAGAAACUGCAUCUACGGCGAAGACCUCGAAUACCAUGGACUAUGCCUUCAGCGAUCUCGCGGUUACUUUCGAGGCACCUACUACGGAAUCGUUCACCGCCGAUGAGAAUUCAUUCGACCCUGACGCGGUGACGAUGACCUCGACGUUGCUCGACAACUUCACCGCUGCCACGACCGAAUCUGAAACGGAGGAAUCAGUCACGGAAACGAACACGGCGGAGUCGACUGUGUCGAGCUUCUUGAUCAACUUCACCGAUAAAGAUAGUGCCUACGAUAUAUCAGCGCCUAGCAGCCAACCCGAAGCUCUGCCAACCAUUGUCUCUCAAUUCGCUACGCCUCUGGUAACCGUACAGCCCAGCCGCAGACUGGAACCUUACAACAAGACGUACUACCUAGACUCCAGAUACGUGAGGAAGAAGUUCGUGCGCAGACGACCGGUCGAUUCCGCUGAGAACGUUACCAGUCGAUACCCAGUUUCAGGGAGCUUCGCGCGUCCAUCUUCGACGACGGAGAGGAACAACGAAGUGGCGUCGAAGCGCAGGAAGAGUCUAUUCGUUCGUCGAAGGCCCGUUUCCUCGACGACCACUGCCAGGACGACGCAAAAAGACGUAAACGAGAAAACCCUCGAUGACACGAUGGAUUUGAGAUUGAGAUUAGAUGAACAAUUCGACUCGAACGACGCGACUCCGAGGAUCAAUCGAGCCAACGAGGAAGCUGUGUUCGCCGUCGACCUGCCAGCCAAGACCGUCCCUGAGGAUUUCUGGAGUCGAUACGUCACUCCAGCGACGCUGAUCAGCCACGGUAAUCCGGAUCCUUUGACUUCGCCGAGGCUCGUCGCAUUCAACGGCACAGGAGGCGACGAGACAUUUUCCACUGGAAGCGAGGAGACUUAUCGAUCCGCAUCUAUAAACGAUAGAAAAGCAGAAUUACGGCCGCGAUACAGGGUUCCGAAUUCUCUUAGGAAAACGGUGAGCACUGAGGGCUCUUUCGCGCUGGAUUCGUCGCCGGAAGAAUUCGAGGAGGGAAACGACCCAACGUCCAGGUAUCAGAACUUCCGUCAGCCAAGGACGCGUUACCUGUAUCGGGACGGAGCGAGGAAUCGAGACGAAGGGGGCGAGGAGUCGUUGCUGGACGCCACGCAGUCGCCCAGCUUCGAUUCGUCGACCCACGUCAGGUCGAGGUUCUACGCGAGACGGCCCAUAUCCACCACCGCGGAGCCGUCCGUCACGGAGACGUUAAUCCCGGCAAAGAAGUUCGAUUACGUAGCGGAUGCUCACAGGAGACAGCAGUCUUUGCGGACCACUCCUCGCGGACCCAACGAGGAGGACACGACGACUCUGAGUGGCUUAGGCGAGGAACGCCAGGAGGUCCAGAAUCUCGUGGACACUGAUUACACAACCACACCGCCCUCAAAACCACUCGUCACCAGACUGGUAACCUCGGUCGAGGAAUCGGCGACCACAGAGCGACAGAAGAUUUUGAUAAAGACAAAGUACUCUUCGUUGACAUCGACUACGAGGAUUCCGUUGCAGACCACUGUCUCCUGGGUCCCUGGCACGUCAGAUAGGUCAAAGGAUUCCACUGGUGAGACGAACGAAGACGAAUCGGCGAAUGAGAUCCGCCAGGGCCAUGUCGAGAGGUCCACGUUACCCAUAGAGAGCGAGUUCCUUCAUCGGGUACCUGGUUGGCUUACUACCGAGUCCCAUGAGUCAUCCACGAUCGAGAUUGAGUCUGUGUUCAGCAACUUGAUCGGCAGCAAAGACUCUGGCCAAUGA